AUGAGUGGAGAAGAAUUAGCGGGCCCCCCAGAGCCAAAGCUCCUCCGUCUACUUUAUUUUUUCGGCAUUGGCUAUAGCCUGCUGAAGGGAAGGUAUGACGUCACGGGUACCUUCCGAAGGGAAGGUGUGAUGUCAUCGAGAGUCGCAAGGUCCUUCCAAGCUUCGGAAAGGAGCCUUCCGAAGGGAAGUUGUGACGUCAUCACGUGUCGCGAGGUUUCCUUCCAAGCUUCGAAAGGGAGCCUUUCGAAGGGAAGUUGUGACGUCAUCGCAUGUCGCGAGGUUUCCUUCCAAGCUUCGGAAGGGAGCCUUCCGAAGGGAAGGUGUGACGUCGUCGUGUGUCGCGAGUGUUGGUCUGUCGCGAAUCUCACGGCCUGGUGCUCCGGGCCGAGGGGAUGUGCGUCAAAACGUGACGUCCUUCUUUUGGAUGCGGUGCGGUUGUGCGUCGAGAUGAUGAUGAGGUUCGGGUAG